CUUGUGUCUCAAACAUCACGUGAAUGUGUGACAGCACAGAGUAGUGAGAGCACGCAGUACUAGAAACUGGAGGCAACGUUGGUUGAGUAUCCCUCAGUUGCACUUUCAGACAUUGGAAUUACAGCAGCAGUACCUUUUCUUAAUAGAGGGACAACCAACCAUGGCGGGACUUGAAUAAAGACGCGAGCCGAGCGAUAUUCGCCCAAACACUUUCCGCAUUUCUAUUUCAUACUCGAGUCGCUCCUCUUUUGCCCAAUGCAUCGGUGCUCUGUGGAGAAAGGACAGUGUUGAAACACUUUACUGGACUCAGUGAGAAGAAGAGAAGAGAAAGCCAAGUAAUUUUAAAGCAGAAUGGCGGACCGUGAUACGUUACCCCUUCCUUUGGAGGUGCGAACCAGACUUGCAGAGCUGGAACUGGAGUUAUCAGAGGGUGACAUCACACAGAAAGGCUAUGAAAAGAAGAGGUCCAAAUUAAUUGGGGCCUUCCUCCCUCAGGCACCAGGUAAAGGGAUGGACCCCUCUGUGCCCCACGAAAGGAGAACCCCCGUCACUCCUGGCUCCUCCUCUCGCUACCACCGCCGCCGCUCCUCUGGCUCCCGGGACGAACGCUACAGAUCAGAUGUCCACACAGAGGCUGUGCAGGCGGCUCUGGCCAAACAGAAGGAGCGUGGUAAGAUGGCAGUACCCAUGCCCUCCAAGCGCCGCUCCCUGGUCGUGCAGUCCUCCAUGGAUGCCUACACUCCCCCAGGUGAGGAACAUAUAGGACUCCAAGACACGUCGUCGGGCUCGGAGGGCGAGGGCUCCAUGCAGGGUGAAGGCACACCAACCUCCAGCCAGAGCAGCAUCAACAUGGAGAACUGGAUCAGCCGAGCCAUCCACGGCUCCACCACCUCCUCCACCACCUCCUCCUCUUCCACUCAGAGUGGAGGGAGCGGGGCAGCCAGCCGGCUAGCAGACGUCAUGGGCCAGACGCACCUCGGUAAGUCAGGGCCCAUUGCUCACCUCUCUCUGAAGAGGAAAACUAGGAAGGUCCUGGGUCCUCCGGCCCCAGUCACAGUAGAGAAUGGGAACACAGGUCCAGGUCCUGUGGUGCGCCGGUCUUGUGAGUUUGGAUCAGGUGGAUCAGAGCUCGUCUGGCAACAGCCCCCUCUGGAGAAGCAGGAGAACCACUCUGCCCCUCCAGAUGUCACCAGCUACACCACAGACUCCAUACAGGUGGAGAGACCCCAGGGCUCCACCACAACAUCCAGGUCCACGCCCAAAUAUGGCAAUGCAGAGCUCAUGGAGACCGGAGAUGGCGUUCCAGUAGGUGGCCGAGUGUCAGCCAAGAUCCAACAGCUAGUCAACACGUUGAAGAGACCCAAACGACCUCCCUUAAGAGAAUUCUUCGUUGACGACUUCGAAGAACUCCUAGAGGUCCAACAGCCAGACCCCAACCAGCCCAAAGCGGAGGGGGCUCAGAUGCUGGCGAUGAGGGGGGAGCAGCUAGGGGUGGUCACUAACUGGCCCCUGUCGCUGGAGGCUGCCCUGCAGAGGUGGGGCACCAUCUCUCCCAAAGCUCCAUGCCUCACCACUAUGGACACCAACGGAAAACCACUGUACAUUUUAACCUACGGAAAACUCUGGACGCGGAGUAUGAAGGUGGCCUAUAACAUCCUCCACAAGCUGGGGAGCAAGCAGGAACCCAUGCUCAGACCUGGAGACCGGGUGGCUCUGGUCUUUCCCAACAACGACCCGGCUGCCUUCAUGGUUGCCUUUUAUGGCUGCCUCCUGGCGGAGGUUGUCCCUGUGCCAAUCGAAGUGCCACUUACGAGAAAAGAUGCAGGGAGCCAGCAGAUAGGCUUUCUGCUGGGGAGCUGUGGGGUGACGGUUGCCUUGACGAGCGACGCCUGCCAUAAAGGCCUUCCUAAGAGUCCCACGGGGGAAAUUCCACAGUUCAAAGGCUGGCCAAAGCUGCUGUGGUUUGUGACUGAAUCCAAGCACUUAUCCAAACCCCCCAGAGACUGGUUCCCACAUAUCAAGGAUGCGAAUAACGAGACGGCCUAUAUUGAGUAUAAGACGUGUAAAGAUGGCAGUGUGCUGGGAGUGACGGUGAUGAGGAUCGCUCUGCUGACUCACUGUCAGGCCCUCACCCAAUCCUGUGGAUACACAGAAGCUGAGACCAUAGUGAAUGUAUUAGACUUUAAGAAGGACGUGGGGCUGUGGCAUGGCAUUCUCACUAGUGUGAUGAACAUGAUGCAUGUUAUCAGUAUACCCUACUCACUGAUGAAGGUCAACCCACUGUCCUGGAUCCAGAAAGUGUGCCAAUACAAAGCGAAGGUGGCGUGUGUGAAGUCCCGAGACAUGCACUGGGCCUUGGUGGCACACAGGGACCAGAGGGACAUCAACCUGAGCUCACUACGCAUGCUGGUGGUGGCCGAUGGAGCCAACCCCUGGUCCGUCUCGUCGUGUGAUGCAUUCCUCAAUGUCUUCCAGAGUAAGGGGCUGAAGCCGGAGGUUAUCUGUCCCUGUGCCAGCUCUCCAGAGGCCCUCACUGUAGCCAUCAGGAGGCCGACAGACGACAGUAACCAGCCCCCAGGAAGAGGAGUACUGUCCAUGCAGGGUCUGAGUCACGGGGUCAUCCGGGUGGACUCUGAGGAGAAGCUGUCUGUUCUCACCUUGCAGGAUGUCGGCACUGUUAUGCCAGGAGCUCUCAUGUGUGUAGUGAGACCAGAUGGGGUUCCGCAGUUAUGCAAAACAGAUGAGAUCGGGGAACUGUGUGUGGGUUCUAUUGCCACGGGGACGUCGUACUACGGUCUCUCAGGCAUGACCAAGAACACCUUUGAGGUGUUCCCCAUGAACAGUGUUGGGGCUCUCAUCAGUGAGUACCCCUUCACCAGGACAGGCUUGCUGGGCUUCGUGGGUCCUGGGGGACUGUGCUUCAUCGCUGGCAAGAUGGACGGCCUCAUGGUGGUGGGGGGAAGGAGGCACAACGCUGACGACAUCGUGGCUACAGCCCUGGCUGUGGAGCCCAUGAAGUUUGUCUACAGGGGGAGGAUAGCAGUGUUCUCCAUCUCUGUGUUACAUGAUGAGAGGAUCGUGGUGGUGGCAGAGCAGAGACCUGACUCUACAGAGGAGGACAGCUUUCAGUGGAUGAGCAGAGUGCUGCAGGCCAUAGAUGGGAUCCACCAGGUGGGGGUGUAUUGCCUGGCCCUGGUCCCCUCCAACACGCUUCCUAAAACCCCUCUGGGGGGAAUCCACCUGUCAGAGAGCAAGCAGCUGUUCCUGGAGGGCUCCCUGCACCCCUGCAACGUCCUCAUGUGUCCCCAUACCUGUGUAACCAACCUGCCCAAGCCCCGGCAGAAACAACCGGAGAUCGGGCCUGCCUCUGUGAUGGUGGGGAACCUGGUGUCGGGGAAGAGGAUUGCCCAGGCUAGCGGCAGGGACCUGGGCCAGAUGGAAGACAAUGAUCAGGCAAGGAAGUUCCUCUUCCUCUCUGAAGUGUUACAAUGGAGGGCCCAGACCACUCCGGAACAUGUGCUUUACACACUUCUCAACUGCAGGGGGACAAUAGCCAGCUCUCUGACAUGUGUCCAAUUGCAUAAGAGAGCAGAGAAGAUUGCCACCAUGCUGGCGGAGCGAGGACACCUGCAGGACGGGGAUCACGUUGCGCUCGUCUACCCCCCUGGGAUUGACCUGAUCGCAGCGUUCUACGGGUGCCUGUAUGCGGGCUGCGUGCCAAUCACUGUGCGACCUCCGCACCCCCAGAACAUAGCCACCACUCUGCCCACAGUGAAGAUGAUCGUGGAGGUGAGCCGCUCAGCGUGUAUGAUGACCACAGCGGUGAUCUGUAAACUGCUGAGGUCGAAGGAGGCCUCAGCAGCAGUGGACGUCAGGUCCUGGCCUCCUGUCCUGGACACAGACGAUCUGCCAAAGAAGAAACCUCCAUUGUUGUACAAGCCCUCCAACCCAGACACACUGGCCUACCUGGACUUCAGUGUGUCCACCACAGGGAUGCUAGCAGGAGUGAAGAUGUCUCAUACUGCCACCAGUGCCUUCUGCCGUUCUAUCAAGCUGCAAUGUGAGCUGUACCCCUCUCGUGAGGUGGCUAUCUGUCUGGACCCCUACUGCGGCCUGGGCUUCGUCCUCUGGUGCCUUUGCAGUGUGUACUCCGGCCACCAGUCGAUCCUGAUCCCGCCUUCGGAGUUGGAGGUGAACCCUGCUCUGUGGUUGCUAGCUGUCAGUCAGUACAAGGUCAGGGACACCUUCUGCUCCUACAGCGUUAUGGAGCUUUGCACCAAGGGCCUGGGCCUGCAGACCGAAUCCCUCAAGUCUCGGGGCCUGGACCUGUCGCGGGUCAGGACGUGUGUGGUGGUGGCGGAGGAGAGACCCAGGAUAGCUCUGACUCAGUCCUUCUCCAAGCUCUUCAAAGACCUGGGCCUCCACCCCCGAGCAGUCAGCACCUCGUUCGGCUGCAGAGUCAACCUGGCCGUCUGUCUGCAGCCUCACAGGCUGGGGAAGCUUGCUGACCAGGGAACUUCAGGACCAGACCCAACCACUGUGUAUGUGGACAUGAGAGCGCUGAGGCACGACAGGGUUCGUCUGGUAGAGAGAGGUUCUCCACACAGUUUACCACUCAUGGAAUCUGGAAAAAUUCUACCUGGGGUUCGAAUUAUCAUCGCUAACCCGGAGACCAAGGGACCGCUGGGAGACUCGCAUCUUGGAGAGAUCUGGGUGUGCAGUGGACACAAUGCCAGCGGCUACUUCACAGUGUAUGGAGACGAGGCCCUGCAGUCAGACCACUUUACCUCCCGUCUGAGCUUUGGAGACACACAGACAAUCUGGGCCCGCACCGGAUACCUGGGCUUCCUCAGGAGGACCGAACUGACUGAUGCCAGCGGGGAGCGACACGAUGCCCUGUACGUGGUGGGGGCGUUGGAUGAGGCCAUGGAGCUGAGGGGAAUGAGGUACCACCCCAUCGACAUCGAGACCUCCGUUAUCAGGACGCAUAAGAGCAUCACAGAAUGUGCGGUGUUCACGUGGACCAACCUCCUGGUGGUGGUGGUGGAGCUGGAUGGGUCGGAGCAGGAGGCCCUGGACCUGGUGCCCCUGGUGACCAACGUGGUUCUGGAGGAACACUACCUGAUCGUGGGGGUGGUGGUGGUGGUGGACAUCGGGGUCAUCCCCAUCAACUCCCGGGGGGAGAAGCAGAGGAUGCACCUCCGGGACGGCUUCCUGGCCGACCAGCUGGACCCCAUCUACGUGGCCUAUAACAUGUAGCCUGCCAGCUGGAGACCUACUAGACCAUAGACAAGGCCUUGAACCGAUGGGCCGAGCUUUAUGUACAUACUGCAAUGCAACAGGACCUCUGGUCUCUGAGGAGGGGGAGAGGACGUGAGUCCUGGACCCAGGCGCUCGCCUAGUUUGUGGGACGUUGUCGCUAGUUCAAAACAAAAACGCCUAGAAUUGUCAGGAACAGGAGACUGGUUAGUGUAGUGAAAGAUUGGAAUGGAAGGAGCUCUGUGUGUCGAUGAUGGGAGAGUGCGUCUAGUUUAUUAGAUUUGAGCUUUUUUGGUUAUUGCUUUAAGUGUGUAUAUAUUUUCAUGUUACGUAUUGCUGAAGUCGCUCGUUUUUUUUAAUCUGCCCUCUAAGAGGUUAGGGUAUUUUUUAAGAAUAUUUACAAGCUGUGGCAAAUGGUAUUUUAUGUUGACCUUUUUUUAUAUCAGUCAUUACAAAUACAGAUAUGUUUUGAUACAGGACAUAUCAAUUUUGUGCUUGAACUUUACAAUAUGAGGUACAAUAUAUUGUUUUUUUGUUUUGUUUUGUUUUUUUACAAUUACGUUUUUAGUUCUGUGCUAACAUUUAUUUUUCUGUGACAACUGUCCCAACUACAAGGGAAACCAGUGAGAAACCAGUGUGAUUAUUUCAACUACAACAGCCUUUUACUCAGUUGUCAUGUUCAAUAUCAUUAUACUUCAAUUGAAGGAAAACACUAUGUUAUUUCAUAUCAUGUAAGUAUGUACAAAAACUGAUUUUAAUUUAUUUUGUUCACUUUAGAAGUAUAUGAGAGAGGACAUUCAAGAAUGUUUUAAUCUUGAAUAUUUGCUAAUAUAAAAACAAAGCAUUGUAUUAUCUUGAGUGAAUACUAGUAUCACAUCAAGUAUAUCAAAUAUAGAUCUAUAUUAAUUAAAAAGACCUAGGAUUCACCAAGGAAAAUGUGUGCAGUUAUUGAGAGGACAGUCUGAAUCCUUACAGUCAUCCCCUUUAUGUCCUUCAAACAACGCAACAUCUUCAGCUCUGUGUACGUCAGACAUCAUGCAAGUUGAGAAGUACUGCAUUUCAGAGACAAAGAACAGCCCUGAAAAGAUCAAAAGCACUUUUUGAGAAAUGUCUGUGAGAAGGAUGAUGAGUAUGUCUUUGUGCUGGCAUGUCAAACACUUGUUUCUGAAACAACAGGUUGGAGAUCUUCACCAGAAUUGAAUAAAAAGUUUAGUCCUUAAUAUUUUUACAUUGAGAGACCAAUCAGGCCUCCUAUAUUGAUGUCAGAGGGGAAAAAGUACAAGACAACAUUUUUACAGAAACCCUUUAGAGGAAUAAAUCUUGAGGCAACUAUCAUAAGGUGGAAGAGCAGUUUUGGGGGAGAGUGAAACCUUAAAUCUGUGUGGAAACAUACAUGAUUUGACGGUAAAGUUCAUGGCUAAGAAUGUUUUAGUUCAACACAUUAGAAUCUUUAAAAGCACUUUCUAGUAUCUACACAGCAUUCUUUUUAUUGGCAAGAAUGACACUGACUUUUUUUUUUAAUAAAAAAAUGUCUGAACUGAGUUGGCAUAAGUCUUUCAAUUAAAUAAAUAUUUCAAUGAUUUUGACUAUAAAAUGUUUGUUUGUUGCAGCAGUACACGGUGUUUAAAUUUUAGCAGAGCAAUUAGGGUUAAGUGCCCUGCUAAAGGGCACAUUGACAGAUGUUAACUGGUCGGCUCGGGAUUCAAACCAGCGACCUUUUGGUUAUGGUCCCAACGCUCUUAACUGUUAGGCUACCUACCUGCUGUUUCAGAGGUUGCAUCUCAAUGUAAUUCUAUCAUAUGCCCAAGCAUAUUUGAUAUGUUACAUAUGAGAUUUUGGGUUUUGUUAACUUUGUUCAUACACACAUUACAUAGCAAGUUUUCCAUAUCUUCUAUGGUGGUGUAAUGUAUAAUGAAUCAAAGCCAUCAAUCAAUCAGUUUGCUCUAUUACGACUUUAAAAAGAUAUUUAACCAAGAAUGAUUGAUGCGAAAUAACAAAUACUGAGUCAGCCAGCCUCAACAGCGCAGUCUGUGCACAUCUGAACUAUUUCAUGUUUUGCCACUUAUUUUAUUUUGAAAGGCUUAUCUCAACAGAGGCAAUGCAUUCUACUCACAAACAUUAGUGAACUGUUUCUAGAGAUUUACAAAGUAACAGAUGAGUGUGUGCUAAGCUCAUAGCCCUCGGUUGAGACACACGUUUAUACUGUUUCAUAGCUGUUCAUUGAAAAAUGAUAAUGGUCCCAUCCUAUACUUGUCGCAGUGCUGUAAAUCUACUUGUUGCAAAUUCAUCUGGUACACUGCUGAUAUUUGGUGGCUUUCAUUAAAGAGGUAUAGAUCUGA